CACUCAUACAGCUCGUCUGUCAGUCAAAAUACCCUUUCCUAAAAAGACAUAUACGUCUUUUUACGUAAUAGUUACUUAAUUAAAAAUCGAGUUUUGAAGUCUAACCUCGGCAAGAAAUUAAACAGAAAUACAAAAUGUUGGGUCGUCUGGGCAGGAAACAUGUUGAAAUUGCGGCAUCAUUCGCAUCAACAGCUGUUGGUUUCGGAGGCGCUGCUUUCGUCACUCUCCUAUACUUCACGGAUUGGAAGGUGUUCGUAGCUAAUAUUCCCUUCUACCGUGGCAAAUUCAAGGAGGUCGAAGAAAAGUAAAGUGAUCUCGGUUUAAUUAUUACUUGUGCUAUGAGAAUUCUUUAGAUGUAUAUAAAUAAAUAAGUUGUCAAGUACCAA